AUGUCUGACCUCAGCCAAGUUGCAGUUUACUCAGACUCUUCAGAUAUUUAUAAGAAUGUGUUCUGCAACCCUGCCUUUGAGCUGGAGGGGGAGCAAGAGGAGAGGGUGGAGGGAUUCAGGACAUCCUCGUCCACCCCUGAACCUAUCAAACCGCCUGCUAGCCCAGGCUGGGGUCUGUUUGGGGUGUGUGUUAUGCGUCUGCGGGGCCCGGGUUGUGGUUGGGGGGUGGUGGUGGUCUUUGCUGCUGCCCUGCUCCUGUUGGCAGCCCUUGGACUGGCGCUGGCCCUUAUCCUCACACAGAUAAAAGGCCAGGCAGUGGAGGAUCAGCUGGUCUCCACCAGCCCUGCAGACCUGCCGAGUACAGGAGAUGGAGCGUCCCAUACUUUACCCACAACCUCUGCCAACAGAAGUCAAGUGGACAGCACCGCCGCACUCCAGACCACCAGGAUCUCUCCAUCUGAAACACGUUGUGGAGGGGUUCUGACUGACUCAGAGGGCAGUUUCAGUUCUCCAAACCACCCCGGCUCCUACCCCCCCAACUUGCUGUGUGUGUGGGUGAUCCAAAUCCCAACCCCCUCCGUGGUCCAGAUCCACAUUUCCUUUCUGACUGUAGAGGGACCGUCUCCUUGUCUGUUUGACUGGCUUGAGGUCCAGGAGCAGAUCGAACAGCGCUCUGUGGUCACCAGGUUCUGUGGUAACGUAGCACCACCAACAGUCAACACAAACAGCAGCACAGUGUGGGUCACCUUCCGCUCUGAUGGCAGCAUCGCAGGCAGCGGCUUCACUGCACAGUACAGGGCCAUUCUGCCUGCACACAAGAGCUGCUCCAGGGAAGAGUUCAUGUGUGACAGCGGUCGCUGUCUGCUGCCUGUGUCUGUGUGUGACGGUCAUCCGAACUGCCAUGACCGAACAGAUGAAGCAAACUGCAGCCAUAAACACAAAGAAUGUGGAGGGCAGAAGACCGGGCCGGAUGGUUACCUGUCAAGUCCAAACCACCCCAGGCCUUAUCCCCACCAGCAGUUGUGCAUUUGGUAUAUAUCUGUUGAGGAGGGUCACAUAAUCACACUGCACUUCAGGAACUUCAGCCUGGAAACUCAGGAUGUGUGUGAGUUUGAUUACGUGGAGGUGCACGACAACGUCGAUACUGGAAAUGGGAGAGUGCUGGGAAGGUUUUGUGGUACCACCUUCCCUCCGGACCUAACCUCCUCCGGCCCCCACAUGACUGUGGUGUUUGUAGCUGAUGAGGGAGUGGCCGACAGCGGCUUCAACGCAACAUACCAGGCUGUGUCUGUACUAAACAGGACAUGUGGUCCCAGCCAGUUUGCCUGCACGACAGGGGUGUGUCUUCAGCAGCAGUGGUUGUGUGAUGGAUGGAACGACUGCCCUGAUGGAGCAGAUGAACAAGGCUGUGGCAACUCCACCUACCCUCCCUUCACUUCAUCCUGUGAGUUCAUAGAGGUGGAGAUGUGUCAAGGGCUCAGCUACAACCUCACCUCAUUCCCAAACAUCUGGCUGUCCAUCGCUGAUCAGAGAGAAGCUGCCACACUCCUGCGGCAGUACCGGGUGCUGAUGGAGCUGGCAUGCUUCGAGCCGUUGCGGAGGCUGGUGUGCGGCAUGUUUUUGCCCCAGUGCAGUCCUCAGGGUGGCGUCCUCCAGCCCUGCCGCUCAGUCUGCUCCUCUGCUGAACAGCAAUGCAGCCAAGCCCUGGAUCUCUUCUCCUUCAGCUGGCCCUUCAACUGCCACCUCCUGCCGGACUCCCAGGACCCCAUGGAGUGCUCGCUGCCUUGAUGCUUGAUCAAGAGUUUGAAGUUUCUGUUGCGGCGAUGAUCACCUCAGCCCCAGUAUACUUUUUCAGGAGACAUUUCAGACUGAAUUUUACAGAGCUGGAGACUAAUUUUCUGGACUUGGACC